AUGCCUCCCAAACGUGCCUUGUUCUCCCUAAACGUCGACUCCGAAGCCGACCACAUCUAUCAACGCGUCAACGACCACUUCAAACCAGGAAAGGAGAAGACCAAGAUCAUUGAGACGAGCGGACCGACUGUUGGCCACACGGAUCUGCAGUUCGUCACUAAGCCGUUUGAAAAGUUGGUUAACAGGGCUGUUGAAGGCGUCGAAGAAGGAACCAGGAAGAAAAGCAUCGAAGCGCCGCAUCGAGCAGCAGUACGACACCACGGACCUCUAACCCACCCAAAAUCAUCUGAAGAUACAAUCAAUAUGUCUUCGCAACCCCUCCGCAUAGCCAUCGGCUGCGACAACGCCGGCGUCAGCUACAAGAACGCCAUCAUCAAGGAUCUCAAGGCCGAUGACAGAGUCGCCGAUGUGACUGACGUCGGUGUCCCCGAGAAGAGCGACGACACAGCGUACCCGCACGUCGCGGUCGACGCAGCCAAACUCGUUGCUGAAGGCAAGGCGGACCGCGCGGUGCUGAUCUGCGGCACCGGGCUGGGCGUGGCCAUCUCGGCCAACAAAGUGCCUGGCAUUCGAGCUGUGACGGCGCAUGAUUCGUUCAGUGUGGAGAGAGCGAUUCUGAGUAACGAUGCACAGGUACUGUGUAUGGGUGAGAGAGUUAUUGGGUUGGAGUUGGCGAGGCGGUUGGUGAAGGAGUGGUUAGGCUAUAGGUUCGAUAAGAGCAGUGCGAGUGCGGCGAAGGUUGAUGCUAUUACGGAGCAUGAGAGGAAAAACUUUGCAGGUCUCGACAAAGUCGACAGUGUCACCAGCUGCUCGUAGACCGUGAAUUGGAGCAGGCCACACAUACCGUAAUGUCCUGGCAAAAUGUAUAAUGAAGUCGAACGAUUCUUUCACAUACGAUUAUAGGACGUUUGAAGGAAGUUCUUCCCCGAAGUCUCACCGGAUUUUGAUGUGGACAAUGUGCUACGAUACCUGGUGACAACCACGAUUAUGUAUUCCAGAUAUGUCAGCAGGGUUGGUUAUCUGUCGCUCUCUUCCUGGUGCGGCCGUGUCCAAGGCGGGAAAGAGGGUUGUAAUGACGCCUUGCCCUACUUGAUUUUCUCACGUCAGCCAUCCCACUUGUACUAUGUAUGUAAGGCCAACAUCUCCACUACCCAAAUCUCACAUAGGACGUUAAAUCAAUCAAUCAAUCAAUCACCAC